CGACCAGGGCGUCGCGAGCAUAUAAGCGCGGUCAGAAUGUGUGGCGAGAGCACACUGUCAGAAUCGGAUACUACAAGGAGCAACUCUGUUCAACGACUUUCGGAACGUGAUGGCUUUUCUCCGUGCGUCUUGCGUCCUCUGCCUUGCACUUCUGGCCAUCGUGGAGGGUUUCAGCGAUGAUGACAUGAAGGAGGCGAUGCUGCAAAAACUGGGACUCAACGAGGUACCCAAAAUCCACAAGAGGGAUCUGGAGAACCUUGUCAUCCCGGCACACAUCAAAAAUAAGUACCUGUCCAUGCUAAAACUACACAACAAGAGACGCCGUCGCUCACUGCCCAGCCUGGCUGGAAUCUUGAGAGGCAUCCCUGGAAAUGCAGAUAUCUCUGGUGAGUUUAUAUACUCUGAUGCCACUCGUCAGCGGAUAGUGUUUGACAUGGAUGCAAGGAUACCAGAAAACAGCGAGGUGACCAUGGCUGAACUCAAACUGUACAAAAAAGCCCCGCGAAAGCAUUCCAUGCCAGAAAAAAAGAACCAUCGGCCAGUGAACAACGCUAGGGUCACCAUCUAUUGGGUGGAGGUUAUGGGAAACGGAUCCAACAGAACAUCAGUUGUGGAUUCAAGGUUGAUCCCCAUCCACGAGACUGGCUGGAUCAGCUUUGAUGUGACUCAGGCUGUCCAUUAUUGGUCGAAAACGCAGCAGAAUAAGCCCAUGCACCUGGAGGUGUGGGUCGAGGGCGAGAGACCUGGCAGCUACGCGGCGGAGAUGGCAAAGGGUGUCCAUUUUUCCACCCAAGACCCGGGCGAGAACGCCAUGGGAAGACCGGAGCUGGUUCUCUAUACACUCAAUCUUGACGAAUUUGGGACAAGUGGCGACUGCGAAGCCAACAAAGACACAUGCUGCCGUGAAAAGUACUUCAUUGACUUCCGUGCCCUUACGUGGACCCAGUACUGGAUAAUCGAACCAGCAGGAUAUCAGGCGUUCAGGUGCACAGGAGGGUGCAAGCAGCCCAAGCGCAACUAUGGUUACGGAGAGCGAAAAUGUGCCGUGGUUGAGAGCGCACCAUUGCCCAUGAUGUACCUGGUCAAAAAGGGCGACUAUACCGAGAUCGAGGUGGCAGAAUUCCCCAACAUGAUCGUGGAGAAGUGUGGGUGCACAAUGGACAAUGUUUCUGUUGUAUGAAUGCAUAUCAUUGUAUUUUAACUGCAAACCAAACCUAAAGUACUUCGAUGUAAAAAAAAACAAAACAAAAAAAAAACACGGUAGUGGACAAAAUCUGCUCUUGAGCAAACCACUUUAUCCUAGCACUUUGACGUGAAAUUGUAAAUAACCAAACAAGUGUCAGUGGGAUAAAUUCCUAUAAGCCCAUGGGGCCAUAUGAAAAAACAUAUAUGAUACUCAGAUUAUAUUUUUGACCUGUACAUAG